CUACGAUCAACUUUAAAGCCACGACAAGCUUGGAGGGGGAUCAACGAUCAUUUUUAUACCGUGCGUCGCAGCGAAAAGUCGUGAUUUCGGAUAGUCUGUUGUCUCUGCACUACGAGUAGAGUAUCUGUUGGAUGGUUGAUGCGUGUCGCCUCUCUCCACUAUAUCCAGUGAGAUUUUCUACUUCUGGAGGUUUUCUGUGCGUCGCAUACGAAGUGCCCCAUUGUACGUAGGCACACUUGAAAAUAACAGGCACGUUCCGACACAUAAAACGUUAAUGAGUAAACCCUCCGAAAAUACUACCCACAAAUGUGAACAAUUAUAAAUUUCCUGUGCAAAGCGAAUUUGGAUACGAACUAGUUGAAGAUCGUGAUAAGCGCCCAGAGCAUGGCAUCAGAGCCAACCGUUUGCAUUGCAUAAUCCCUUGGAGAACUUAACAGUUGCAUGCAUCAACGGCUUACGUAAACAAACAUACGUCUAAGCCGGCAAGAGCCAAGCAAAUAAAUAGUUACAGACAGAAGCUAAACAAGAUGAGCAAGCUGCAGGUGAUAGUGCAACCCGUGAAGAAGGAGUUUGCACGCAAAAGCUGCGGCUUUGAUCAUGACACGCCCGAUGAUUUUGUCAAAUCGCAGUGGCAAACGUGUACCAAGAGCAUAGCAUAUUUAUUCUAUCGCUGGUUCAUGGCUCUGUUCUUUGUGGGCGUGGUAGUCGAGUCCAUGUGGCCAUUGGCAGAUGAUGAAUACAGCUAUUGGCUGUACUUCAUCUACAUGACCAAUUGGGGCAUUUGGAUGUGUAUGCUGACGAAUCUAUUGGGUGCCAUACUAGUCACCAUUUGGCACUAUCAUCCAGAAUAUGCGGAUAAACUUUUGAAUGUCCAGAGUUCCUUUAGUUACUUUCGCCUGUACUGGGGCAUGCACAUCAUAACUCUGGUUCUAUCCAUUGUCAUUACCAUUAUCUAUUGGACUAUACUGUAUGAUGCUAAUGAGAGCACUUUGGAUGCCACGAAUGUGCUCACUCAUGCCUUCAACUCGAUUUGUAUGUUCAUCGAUCUGUGGAUUGUGGCACAUCCGCUGCGGCUGCUACAUAUAUUUCUACCAGUACUAUUCGGCGUCAUCUAUGCCAUCUUCUCGUACAUCUAUCAUGUGUGUGGCGGUAUUAACAAGAAAGGCAAACCUUAUAUCUAUCAUGUGAUCGACUGGACCAAGCCACAGAGCUCCUUCAUCACAGUUCUAGGGGUUCUCAUCCUUUCCUGCUGCGUCUACGUCCUGCUUUUCGCUUUCUUCAAGCUACGAAUGUUCCUGCAUCGACGCUGCCAGAGAGCGAACUUCGUUUUGCCCACAACUGGCAAUAAGAUGAAUGGCUCAGCGGAUGACAAGCAAACAGGGAAUGGCAUACAGCACUCGCCCUCCCGCAUAUCCAUGGUGCUGGGCAAUUUUGCUGGCUACGAGAACCAGGCCUAUGCCCCCAGUGUGGGCGAGCAAUCCAGUAAAAAAUAAACUAAGUUCAACUAAUCGAAGCUUUAGUCGCUUUAGUCAAAUUCUGUAGAGUGCUGUAGAAUGCUAACCAGUGAUAUUAUGUUUUAUAGAUCAUUUUGUUCUUAAGUAAAUAAAUAUUAUAAUGUGGGGGAUUAUAAGUUGAAAUAUUCUUUGAAAUA